AUGCACGAAUUAUCUCUUGUACUGUGUUUUACGGUCUUUAUUGGCGUAUCUCACUGGCAGUUUCCUGCGCAAGUGUCUAGACGAGUUGGUUGUGGCAGUGUGAGAUCCGGUGUGGAAACCGUUGAUUUAGAAAACAUCUGUUGGCUUGGAACGGUGCAUGCUGACGUGCAGCGCUGCUUGACCUCGCCUCUGUUUUCCACUCCACUCUUUUUUGAAAAGAGAGCAACCAACUCAUUUUUUCCCCUUCGCUGUCAAAUCAGAUACAUUAUCAACAAACUCUUGCUAAACAAGAUCCUAGCACAGUUUUUGCGGUUUAUGAGUAGUAUAUUUUUAUUCACAGCUAUUUCCGUUUAUCUGUUCUCAGAUAGGAUCAGCUUUCUUUAUUCUGGACCUACAAGAGAGAAUGCACAAAUGAUUUCUUGUACUGUGUUUUACGGUCUUUACUGGCGUAUCACACUGGCAGUUUCCUGCGCAAGUGUCCAGAUGAGUUGGUUGUAG